UUCAUAACUCUUAUAUAAGGAAACCUGAUCCUUGCACUCACCACUUUCGUUUCAUGACUUAGCACUUUCUUUGGGAAUCACUUUCAGCGGCAGCCACCCACGCUGAGCCCUUGUGACUUGCCCCUACUAUCUUGAUCACUUGCUGUGCUCCAGUAUCACAGAUGGCUAAUGAAUCGAGGCCCUGCCCAUGUGAUAUUGGAGACCGGUUUGACUAUGGAGGCCGUGGGCAGGAAGUGCAAGUUGAGCACAUCAAGGCGUAUGUUUGUAAACCACCCUCCAGUACAGACAAAGCUGUGAUUGUGAUUCAUGAUAUAUUUGGAUGGCAAUUCCCAAACACCAGAUACAUUACUGAUAUGCUAACAACUAAUGGGUAUAUAGCCAUCUGCCCAGAUUUUUUUGUGGGACAAGAGGCUUGGAAACUUUCUAAUGACUGGACAACUUUUGAUGAUUGGCUGAAAACUCGAGAAGCUGGCAAAAUAGACAAAGAAGUUGAUGUCGUCCUGAAGUAUCUAAGGGAACAAUGUGGUGCGAAGAAGAUUGGUGCUGUUGGGUUUUGCUGGGGUGGAGCAGCAGUACAACAUCUGAUGCUGAAAAAUCCUCAUUUAAAAACGGGGGUGUCCCUCUAUGGAGUGAUCAAGUUCAUGGAAGACAGAUGCAGUUUGCUUCACCCCACGUUUUUCAUUUUUGCUGAAAAGGAUGAGUACAUAACCUUGGAGCAGGUCAGCCUACUGGAGCAGAAGCUAAAACAAAACUGUAAAGUUCAUUAUGAAGUUAAAAUUUACCCUGGACAGACGCAUGGGUUUGUACAUCGUAAAAGAGAAGACAUCAAUCCUCAAGAUAAACCUUAUAUUGAGGGAGCAAGAAAGGAUAUGAUCAACUGGCUGAAUAAAUAUCUUUAGCAUGAAUAAAUACCUUUAGCAAAAAUAAAUGCCCCUGAAAUAAUGCAAUUGUUGUAGGAAAUCAGAAAAUAAUACAGACUAUACUGAUUAAAAUGUUCUUAAAACCAUGAAAAUAUUUUGUAAAACUCUUCUGCAAUAGCACUACUUAUUUGCAUUUAUUUUUUUAAGUAGAUGCUUAGAAAUGGCUUUUCAAAUGCUGAAAACUAUAAAUGUAAAACAGAUUGUUAAAUUUGAUCUUGCAUAUCUUAAGAUUACUAGAAUCUCAUGUGGUAUAUGUUCUAGAAUCUGAAUGAUUCACUUUUUUAUUCUAAUGUCAAUAUGAUAAAAUAAACAUUGAAAUUCUG